UUGCUUGCGCUCAGAUCCAUAAGAAUUGCGACUUACCUCUGGCAGAGACAGGUCUCUGCACAUGCUGUGGCACACUAGUACUGAACCUUGUGCAAUAUGUGUCUCUUUGCUUUGUGAGACUAGGGAUACAUGGAGACACGCGGCAUAGGCGGCGAAGAGUCGCCGAUGAUACACGGUCAAUGUCAGUCAUACGCCUGAGUAGCGCCUCGGACAAUUGCACCCGUGGCUCGGCUAAUUCUCGUCCAGGCAACCCCGCAAAUGCAUGGCCACCUACCUGAGGCUACCUCUCGACCGACACUGUGAUAGUCAGAUCAGCAGAACAUGGGCUUCGAGGACAUCAAACUACAAAAGCGAAAGCAAAAAGCAGAUGCCAUUGCAAAAGUCAAAGCUGCACUUCCUCCAGCACGGGACAAGGAUGUGGGUAUCGAGGCAACGAUUGUUGCAAGUGCAGCAACAGAUAUCAUCGACAAGAUCAAGUCUGGCAAGUGGACGUGCGUGCAAGUCACGCGUGCAUUUACACGUCAGGCACUUCAGGAAGAUGCAAGACUCAAUUUUAUGACAGAGUGUCUGUUGUCUGAGGCUUUGGAUCGUGCUGCUGAAUUGGAUGCGCUUUUCAAAAAGACUGGCAAAGUCGUUGGACCUCUUCACGGCUUGCCUUGUUCAUUCAAAGAUCAGUUCAACAUGGUUGGCUUUGAUUCUACAACGGGUAUCUCCAUGUUUGCCAAUAAAGCAGCAACCGAAGAUGCCGUUACUGUUCAACUCGUCAAAGCAGCUGGCGGUAUCGUCCUAUUCAAGACCAAUGUCCCACAAACGAUGAUGACGCCUGAAUGCACGAACCCACUCUGGGGCAUUACCGGCAAUCCUAGUAAUCCACUCUAUACGCCUGGUGGGUCAUCCGGCGGUGAAGCUUCCAGCAUCAUGUCGAAUAGUUCAGCUAUUGGCUUUGGCACAGAUAUCGGUGGUUCGUUACGUUUCCCGAUGGCUUUUUGCGGUGGCUACAGUUUGCGACCAACCGAACACCGUAUGCCGAAAUUGGGCGUGUUUGAUAUGUUUGAAGAGCAUGAAGCGCCUACGAUCGCUGCCGUGUGUGGACCGAUGGCCAAAACGUUGGGUGAUUUGACAUUCAUGUAUAAAUUCAUCUUGGAGCAAGAACCCUGGCGACUCGAUCAAUCUGUCAAUCAAAUGCCCUGGCGCACACUCGAUGCUCAAAAAUCAUACAAGUUUGGUUACUACAGCUCCGACACAUACAGUAUUGCAUCGCCGGCUAAUGUUCGCGCUGUGGAAGAGACGGUUGCUGCAUUACGCGCUCAGGGCCAUACGUGUACAGAGAUUGUGCCACCUGGUAUGGCGGAAGCGACACGACUCUUUGUUGAGUUGACUUCAGUGGAUGGUGAAAAAGGCAUGAAGAAGAUUCUCGGUUCUGAUCCACGCGAGGCGAAUGUUGCCCUGUCCUUGACGGUUCCUGGAUUACCGUUGAUUGUACGAAAGGUGCUUGCAAUGGUCGUCAAGUACUGGUACAAAGACGCACAAUAUCCUGCCUUGUUUGAGGCGUUGGGUGCACACAACACAGAGCAAGUCUACAAGCUGACCAGGGAGCGUGCGCAUUACAAGCAGCGUUGGCUCGAUGAAGUUUGGUAUAGCCCUGAUGGCGACAAUGCAACACGCAGUAAAGCGGAAAGACAGCGGACAUUUGAUGGCUUGAUUUGCCCCGUCUUUCCGGUUCCUGCAUUCAAACAUACCCUGUCUAAGGAUAUCUUGCCUGUAGCCGUCUCAUGCUUCUUGUUCAACUUAUUGGAUUACAGCGCUGGUGUGGUACCCGUCACAACGGUGGAUGCAAAGAUUGACGAUCACACAAAUACGCAACAUGCGGCCAAAUACACGGGCUCAUGGCGCGGCGUGUUCCACGAACUCAUGUACAAGGGCUUCCUGGGCAACGAGGCAGUCUACAAUGCAAAAGAGAUGCAUGGCUUCAAUGUCCCCGUGCAAGUUGUGGGUCAGCAGUUUGAGGAGGAAAAGACGCUUGCUAUGAUGAAAGUGGUGGAUGAUGCCGUCAAGGCUGCGCGCAAGUAAUUGUAAUCAUA